AUGGCUGAACGGUUUCGCGUGCACCUAGCGCCUCUUGAUGUCAACCUCAUGACGGGGGAGAAAAACGGUGAGGUGGCGCCGCUGGUGCAUGUGGAGGCUCACAUGCAGGAACGAGGCGACGCCCUGUACGAUGAGGCAGAGAUGCGUGAAGAAGGGCGGGGCACAAAAUUUAGCGCCUUGCUUACAAGGCUCUACUACGGCGCUGCGACUAUUGUGAGUAAAAUUGAGGAGGUUCCGACCCUCGUGCGGAGUUGCCCCAUGGCUUCAGGUAAUACUCGCCCCUCCUUAGCGCACAUUCAGCUGCAAAACGAUGGCCGGUUAUUCCUCCAGCGACCGGUUGAAGAUGGAGACUACAUGUUGGCUGUCACCGUCCCCGCAGGUGUGUGGAGGUGGUUGGGGCCGAUGACGCUGCAGAUUAUUCUGGCAACGGCAGUGCGAGGAUAUGAAAUAGCCACGAGUGUUGCCGCCGUUUCCUCCGUCCCGACGUACUGUCCACUGCGGGAUCGUCUGGCAGAGAGUGCGGAGGCCGUGGGGGAUGCGGUGCAGAUACGCAUGCAGCAACUCAUGGAAUUUGUUGCGUUGUUGAACGAAUGUGAGCAUCACGAGACGGCGUCAUCCGCGGCGCUCCUGCACGGCGGUCAAGAGGUCGUUGCUGUCACGCAGCGACUGUGCCACAAUCGCCCCUCGCUGAUGCGCAGCGAUAGCCGCCUGACCGGCACACUGCAACAACUACUGUGGUCAGCGACGAGCUAUGCCGACUACGCUUCCCUCAGUGGCGCUGUCUCCUGCGGCGGCAUGUGCAAUGGAUACAAGCGCCUCGUGGUCACGGCUGCGGCGGUGUGGUACCACGGCGAGCCCCUCUUUAUCAGCGGCUCAGGUGGCGACUUCGAGGCGUAUCUGUUGCCAGCUGCCAUUGUGGCGUAUGCGGGUCGCUGCUUGGCUGAUCGGGAGGCCACUGUAAUGCAGAAUCCCAUUUCCGUGAGGUGUCUCGCAAUGCACCGGCAGACAUCCCGGUAUGCGCCACUCGGCGUGGGAUAUGUGCGGCAACACGAAGACGCAAAAGAGCGGACGGCUGCCGUCACGGCUGCGUUUGUCUCCGUAGGCGGAUGGAUCAUCACGCUGCACAUGGAGGCUGCACUGAACGACUUCACAGGCGCCCCCAUGCCGCACAUCGUCUCUGGCGUCACAGACCUCAUCACCAGGACACUUGAAACCCCGCGAUUUGCCGCACUGGUACGCCUGCUUACCUCAGAACAACUGAUGACGAGAGGCCAAAGCACUAAUACUGCCACCAGUCCCGCUCCUACGGCAGCGGCGGCGGCUAUGACCGUUUCUUCUGCUUGUAUUCUCCGUGCCGUGCGACAUAUUGGCCUCUUUGCACAUUUAUUUGUUGAUGCCAGCGACACAGCGACGCUGUCGCGGGAUAUUUGCCUCUAUCGUUACCACCAGACUGCCUUGAGUGCAGUGGUGGGAAACGAAUGGGGCCUGUGGCCGAAGCACACACAGGAGGCCGUGCAACGUCUGGUGGAAGUCAGUGCGCUUACGUUACGACGGCAAUGUCGGAAGGUGUGCGGCAGCGUGGAUAGACUUGCAACAUUUUCUUUGCUUCGCGGGCGCCGCUUCGUUGUUGUGCUCUUGGCUGUUCCCGUCUACAGUCCUGUGCCCAAAGCUGUGUUUCUUUUGGUGGAACUGGAGCCUGAGGGCAUUCCGGCGGCAACCGAGUUGCGCGCCUUUGCAACGUGGGUGUUGACAAAGGUUCUCUGA